UUAUCGGAUGUUGUUUAUUGUUAAUAACAAAAAUAAAACAGGAGGAUGAAGAUGUCUAGUUUGCGAAUUUCUUGUCUUCCUUUUGAAACUUCUGUGAGUAAUUUGGGUUAUGCAAAAACAGGUGCUGAGAUGGAAUACUCAGAGGAUGAUAAGAAAACAAAGCUUGGCUCUUUAAAGAAGGUAGCAAUCAGUGCAUCUUCAAAGUUCAAGCAUUCCUUGCAAAAGAAGGGGAGAAGGCAUAGCAGGGUUAUGUCUAUUGCAAUUGAGGAUGAAGUUGAUGCAGAAGAGUUGCAAUCAGUUGAUGCUUUUCGCCAAACACUCAUCUUAGAAGAGCUAUUACCCUCAAAGCAUGAUGAUCAUCAUAUGAUGUUAAGAUUCUUGAGAGCAAGAAAAUAUGAAAUCGAGAAAACAAAACAAAUGUGGGCAGAUAUGCUUCAGUGGAGGAGGGAGUUUGGUGCUGACACAAUUCUGGAGGAUUUUGAAUUCAAGGAGUUAGAAGAAGUCCUAAAAUACUACCCGCAAGGGCAUCAUGGAGUUGAUAAGCAAGGGCAACCUGUUUACAUAGAAAGGUUGGGUCAGGUUGACUCUAACAAGCUGUUGCAAGUCACAACUUUGGAUCGCUAUCUUAAGUACCAUGUGAGAGAGUUUGAGAGGACAUUCGCUGUUAAGUUCCCUGCUUGUUCCAUUGCAGCCAAGAAACACAUUGACCAAAGCACAACAAUCUUGGAUGUGCAAGGAGUGGGUCUCAAAAGUAUGAACAAAGCUGCAAGGGAUCUCAUCCAACGUCUUCAGAAGAUUGAUGGUGACAACUACCCUGAGACCUUAAACCGUAUGUUCAUCAUUAAUGCUGGUUCAGGAUUUAGGCUGUUGUGGAACACUGUCAAGUCAUUCCUUGAUCCUAAGACCACCGCCAAAAUCCAUGUCCUAGGUAACAAAUACCAGAGCAAGUUACUUGAAAUCAUUGAUGCCAGUGAACUUCCAGAGUUCUUGGGUGGUACUUGUACCUGUGAAGACAAAGGUGGUUGCUUGCUUUCAGACAAGGGACCAUGGAAUGACCCAGAAGUCUUGAAGAUGGUUCAAAAUGGAGCAGGAAAGUGCAAGAGGAAAACUUUAUCUGGGAUCGAAGUGAAAACCAUAAUUGAAGAUGAUACAGAAUGCCAAAAGGUAAUCAGUUACCUACCUUACAAUUUCAAAUUAAGUUUUGCUCUGAAACUUUCUUGCCAUUCCAUGGAGGAUCCCUGUUCUGCUCCAGAAGUAAGUUUCUUAGAUUUUCGAUCAUUUGAUGUUUCCAUUCUAUGUGUGGCAUUUGCACCAGUGAAUUCAUCUUGGGAAAAAGCAGAACAAAAAGAUCAGUUAGCCCUUUCUAAAAAUUGUUUGUCUAGCAACAGUAAUUCUAAUAAGUUUAGAAUCCCUUUUACUGGUGGAAUCAUGUCCGUUCUUAUGGCAGUGAUAACAGUUAUCCGCCUGGCAAAGAAAGUGCCAAGAAAAAUCACUGGAACUGACUUGUUUAGUAACACAGCACAUAGUAAUGAUAACAAAAUGAAAGCACCUGCAAUUUGCAUGGAUGAUCAAAUGUCCAUGAUUAAGCGCAUGGUUGAACUAGAAGAGAAGGUGAAUAUCCUCUCUAAGAAACCUGACAUACCAGCUGAGAUGGAAGAAUUGCUGAAUAAGGCUCUUAGCAGAAUCAGUACGCUAGAACAAGACUUGGCUAUUACCAAAAAGUCACUUGACGAUGCCCUUAUCCGACAAGUGGAGCUUCAAGGUCAAAUUGAUAAAAAGAAAAAGAAGAGGACGGUGAGUCAUACGAACCUUGACUUUGAUAUAGUAUCUAUCACGUUGCGUUCGUGAGUCAUGUGAAGUUUGUAAGAUAUAAUAAUUUGUUUCCUGUGUGUAGUGUUUUCCCUCCUUACACAAGAUUUCGGGUUCGUGAUUGCAGUUCCUCUGGUAAGGUGUUGGGUGUCAAUUGCUGUCUGACCUCAAUCAAAUAUUAACAUUAGCAUGAGUUGUAUAUUCUUGGAGGCGUUCCUUUUAUCAGCCCCAUCGG